AUGGGGACCGAACUGUCACAGUCCUAUCUAGACGAGAGCCGGGCUCCGUUGGUACAGGGCGUGAUGUGGACAAUGGCCGUUGUUGCGCUGGUGAUCGUCAUGAUGAGGUUAUAUGUGAGGGUGGCUAUGAGACAUGUUUUUGGCUGGGACGACUUUAUUAUCAUCAUUGCCAUCUGCUGCCUCGUUGCGUAUGCAGCUGUGUGCCAUGUCGCUUCCACAAUAGGUCUGGGUAGACACCUUGCUUUCGUGGAGGAAAAUCCUGAGAAUCUUAUCAAUGUCGCGCUGCUUUGUGACAUCGGCGAAUCCCUAGCCAUCAUGGCGUGCACACUGGGCAAAACCUCCUUCGCCGUGACCCUGCUGCGAAUUGUGGUGCAAAGGUGGAUGAUAGCAUUGCUUUGGUUUGUGAUUGUCACCAUGAACGUGAUCAAUAUCCUCGCAGCCUUGUUCGUUUUUCUUCAAUGCAAAGAUCCUCGACACUUGUGGAACCCGGCGAUCCCAUCCAAGUGCUGGCCCGACAGUGUCUUCACCGACUUUUCUUUGUUUGUUGGAGCAUACUCUGGCGCGCAGGACUUUGUUCUUGCACUAUUACCAUGGACGAUUGUCUGGAAUUUGCAAAUGAAAAAGAAAGAGAAGAUUGGCGUUGCCUUUGCUAUGAGCCUUGGAGUGUUUGCCGGUGCAGCUUCCAUCGUCAAGACAACUUAUCUUGUCGCUCUUUCCGCAAAGGCCGACUUUACUUGGGAACUCGCGCCGUUACUUUGGUGGGCCGCGGUCGAGGACGGACUUGCCAUUACUGCAGCUUCGAUUCCAGCCCUUAAGCCUCUUCUGGUCAAGAUGUUCCCGAGCACAGUAGAUAACAACUACGACAUGAUUUCUCAUCCAUCUGUGCCACGAGGCAAAAUCUUCGACAAUUCGCAGGGCGAGACACAAACGGACAUCGGUCAUUCGAGUGUUCAUGAUAACGGAAGUCAGACAGCCAUUUUGGGUCCUGCCCUCCCAAGGAAGGGGGAGAAUAUCAAUAUGACUACCGAGGUUUCGGUAACAGUUCAUCAUUCUGGAGAAUAG